AUGGAUUCAAGAAAUUAUCAAACUCAGUCCUCUAGUUACGUAGGACUGCUUAACAGUCAACAUGGAAGUGGUCUCCAUGAAAAAUUUCCUUAUGAAAGUUUUCAUUCAAGUGUUAACUUUGGAGAAUCGGAGAUCCCUCCCUUCAGUUCACAACAAGCUGAACACACGACAGUAGACACAACAGUAGACACACCAGUGGAGCGUCAUGUUAGACUCAAAUGGAGCCCAGCUGAUGACGUGGUUCUAAUCUCUGCGUGGCUUAACACUUCGAAGGAUGCCGUUGUUGGAAAUGACCAGAAGUUGGGGACCUUCUGGAAACGGGUUGGAGAGUAUUAUGCAGCAAGUCCACAUGGUCUACAGGAUGGUGAAAAGAGAGGGGAUCUUACUUGUAAGAAGAGGUGGCACAGAAUAAACGAUCAGGUUACCAAGUUCUGUGGGGCAUACUCAGCAGCAGAGAGACAAAUUGGCAGUGGUGAGAGUGACACUGAUGUUUUCAAGAAGGCUCACGACAUCUUCUACUCUGAUCAGCAAACCAAGUUUACCCUUGAGCAUGUUUGGUGUGUGUUGCGCUUUGAACAAAAAUGGCUUAGCCUUAACACUCCAAAAGCCACUGCCAGUUCAAAGAGGAAGGAUGGUGAGACAGAUUCAAGCACCACUGUCCUUGAUCUAGAGAUCCGGCCUGAAGCUUGCAAGGCUGCUAAACUAAAAAGGUCCAUUGUUCAAGGAAAGUCUGUUGCUGAGUAUACGACCAUAUGGGAAAUGAAGAAAGAGGAUUUGAUGAAGGAGAGACUGUCAAAGCUGGCCAUACCAGACACUCUCCUCGCCAAGAAAGAACCAUUAACUGAGCCGGAGGAAGUUGUGAAGAAUAAUCUCCUAGCCAAGUAUUUCUGA